AUGUCUGCCAGCCCGCUCGUGGCUGAAGCGACAGCUUGGGCUGGAUUUGACUGGGCGGUGGUUGAUAUGGAGCAUACGCCCUUAGACAUGAUGGAAGUAGUGCAUAUUCUUCAAGCAUUGUCAUGCACGUCUAUAGUGCCUAUUACCCGCAUACCAACUAAUGAUGCAAUUUUUGUCAAGCGGGUGAUGGAUGCUGGAGCGCGUACUCUGAUGUUUCCUUUUGUUGAAAAUGCCAUGCAAGCCCAGCAGGCUGUUGCUGCCAUGAAGUAUCCUCCCCAGGGAAUACGGGGAAUGGCUGCAAUGGGGCGCGCGUCGCGAUUUGGCACUGUGCAGGAUUAUUUCAAGCAUGCCAAUGCCUGCGUCCAGGAGACUUGUCUGGAGCCAUGGGUCAUGUGGGUGAUUUAA